AAAUGGUUUCUCUGAAACAGAAGGUAAAAAAAAACUUGCAUACCAAAUUGCUUAUUUUACUUAGCGUGUUUGUUACACAGACAAACUUUGCAUCCUCUGAUGCGUCCGCAUCCGAAGAAACUUGCACUUGGAGAAUAUAUGAUGCUGACCAAUGGAACGCCUGUCCUAUUGGCUGUCUACCUGACGGAAAGAUUCCCGUUCUCGAUCUACCGAUGACUGAACAACAGGUCUCACGGUAAAAAAAUUCAUGCACUUUAGAAGUAAGCAACAUUUUGUACAUCAUCUUUCAGUAUAGACUUCCAUUCGAUCAUAAUACACUUUUACAAACUCGAAAUUGCAUCAGAGUUGUCA